UUGCGGUCGAAUAUCGUUGUUACGAAAUCGAAGAGAGCAAUACCUUUAAAAUGUCAAUGAGAUGACGACAAAAGUAUCUGGAAAUGGUACAGUGCUAUACCCUGUUAAAUUUCUCCGUUUUACUGUCGUAUUUCGCAGCUGACCUGCUGUGGAAUUUUGGACUUCUGGGGACUCAUGCUGCUGACAGCAAUAUUACUUGUCAAGCCUGUCCAACAGGAACAUUUGCAAGUAAUAGUGUCCCUGAAUGCAAGAGCUGUCUUCACAAAGGCUGGUGUAACAGUACAUCAUUUUGUGCUAAAUGUCCAGCAGGACACUACCAGAAUGAAACAGGAAAGACAGAAUGUGUACCAUGUCCUACAGGACACUACCAGAAUGUAACAGGAAAGACAGAAUGUUUACCUUGUCCUGUAGGACACUACCAAGAGAAACCUGGCAAUGUCUUGUGUGAUCCCUGCAAAAAGGGUGAAUACCAAGAUGUUUCUGGUGGAGUUAAAUGUAAACCUUGUAGAAAAGGAUUCUUUUCCAAGUCAGUUGGAAGUCCACGAUGUAUUUCAUGCACGUAUGGUGGAUUCUGCAGCAAGCUUGGGUGUACGUCAUGUCUCCCUUGCCCAGCUGGAACACAGGCUGACAGUAUGGGAGCACAAAACUGUACACUUUGUCCAAGAGGUUUUGUCAAGGCCGGCAAAAGUUUUGAUGUUUGUCAACAGUGUGAAAAAGGAUGGUUCCAAGAUAACAUUGGGCAAACAACCUGCAAGAAAUGUCCUAAGGGAUUUUUUUGCCCUUGGCCAGAUGAGGAUCCAGUGCAUUGUGAUGCCAAGGAGAUUUGUCCCGCUGGCAGCUGGAAACCCUUGGAGGAGUGUAAAGGAUUGUACAAGAGAAAUAGUGAAACUGAGAAAUGUGAACUAAGUUCCAUUGUUUAUGUCGUUAUUGGAGUAGUAUUGGCAGUAAUUGCAGCAGGAGUAGGAUUUGUAGCAGUCAGAAGAUACAGGCGAAAUAAUGAACAGAGACAGCGACUGCUAGAAAGACAACACCCUGUGUAUACUGGCUGGUGAAUGUGGGUUUUUAUUUGGCAACAAGCAGCAGCAUUGUGCAACAAUGAAGAAUUUUAUAACAUGUGUAGUGCUCGGUAGUGGGUAGCGGUUACAGUUACUGAGUGUAAAGUAACAUUAAGUGGAGAAUAAAUUAUUAUAAAUAAUGUAUUUAAUUUGUCAACUACAGCUGUAGUCACAAUGUUGGCAGGGUAAUUAAUAUGUUCUUCUAAAGUUCCAUUCAUCAGUUCUUUUUCAUUCUCUUGUCCUCUUUUCACAAGAGAUGACAAACAUUCCCUCGUUUCUCUCAGUUGAGAAAAAGCUGAGGAAAAAUUAGCUUUGUAAACAGUUUUUUCCUUCCUGCUUGAUGAACUAAGUGAAGAGGAAAUACUCAUUGUCAAUUCUCAUAGUCUUGAUUAAUAACAAGACAACUCUUUUAAAAUGCUGAUAUAAUUUCCAUACAAAGGCUGACAAAGACAACCCUACACGUACAUGUACUUGAUGAUUUUCUUUAUUCUCAUCACCUAUCUGCUCGGCAGUGUAUUAAUAUUGUUAGGGGAAUUUGGAUAUUGGUCAGACUGAUUUUCAGAGCUCUUUUUCUAAGUAAGGCUGAUUAUGUAACAUUUAUUUUUUCAAGAUGUUAAUGGUGUUGUAGGUAUGAUAAGCAGACGAACAGCCUCUAGUGUGAAUAUGUAUUAGUUUGGUCCAUCUAAGUAGACACCAAUAUUGAAAUUAAUGGAAAUCUCGGCUUUUUGAUGUGUCCUGUUAACUUUAGUCUCAGAAAUGCUUGUUUGCUGUUUCUAUGUUGUUUAUAUAUACAAGCUACAAUUGCGUAGGUGCAACAAUACAUGCUUACAUUAGCUUGUGAACAGGCUCCCCACCACAUUAUAGAAGGAAACCAGUUGAUAAGCAGGGAGUACAAUCGGUGAGGAAGAUCUUGUAGGGAAGGCCUGUUGCUCUGCAAGAACUCAUUUGGCUUGCCAGUUUGUUUUUGUUUGUUUGUUUCACCCUGAACCCUACCUGGAAGCCUGUUCAUGGGCUUUGUUUGAGGACAGCAUGUGAAUAUCAUGUGAGUGCAGGAGUAGCAUGAGAAGUAACUGUAGACCACAGUAGAGGUCAAGUGGCCUUGCAGUGGUCUGACAAGAGUAAGUUUCAGAGAUAAAAAGUUCCAUUCAUGGUUAUUCUUUGGCCAUAUGUUUCAAGGGUAUUUCACCAUGCAGACAAUGGGAAAAGAUCUUCUAAGGAGAACAAUAUCUGUCAGAAAGGAACCAUGUAAAACAUGAACACAAACCACUGCGGCUUAGAUUCCUUGAUUUUGAGGUUAAUUGUUCAAUGCUGUAAAUGUAAAAGUAAGCAUCUAUUAUUAAUACAUUUUUGUGGUAUUAACCCUCGUUUGUACAAGCAGGCUUUGUAAUGUAGUGCCUUUCAGCAGAUAUUUUAUUGUGUUCAAAUAUCUUCAGCCUUGACCCAGGAUUUCCCUGGACAUAACUUUGUAACUUAAAUACCUCAUGAUGUUACUGUUCAAGGUAAGGCCUGGGUACUAGGCUGCCGUGGGCAAAGAGGGAAACAAUCAUUGAAAGAAAAUAGGCAUGGUGAUUCGCUGUACAGAAGUAUCCUUUGGAUUAAAAUUAUAGCUAUGACGAAUUUGGGGAAAUUGGAUUUAAAUUUCCUAAGAAUGACGAAUAAAAGAAUUGAUUUCAGUUCACUCCAA